CGCGCGCAAAGGCUGCUGGGAAACGGAGUCCCCACUCUUAAUCAUUCAUGGUCCCAUUCCUUCUCUUCCACCGCUAACAAGAUGCCGGCCGUACAUCACAAACUGCUCCUGGAGGACGCUUUGCAGGACAGUCCUCAGACUCGCUCCCUGCUCAGCGUGUUCGAGGAGGAUGCCGGGAUGCUCACAGAUUACACCAACCAGCUGCUGCAAUCGAUGCAGCGUGUGUUCGGAGCCCAGAGCGAGAUGGGAUUGGCCACGGAGCAGCUCUCCAGGCAACUUCUGGAUUAUGAGAAGAAAAACUUUGCCCUCGGAAAAGGUGACGAAGAAGUGAUCUGCACACUGCAGAACUUUGCCAAAACUGUAGGGGAGCUGAAUUCGCUGCACUCUGAGCUAGCAAACCAGAUGGCUGACAGCAUGGUUUUCCCCCUGAUCCAGUUCAGAGAGAAGGACCUUACUGAGAUAAGCACACUGAAGGAGAUCUUUGGCAUCGCCACCGACGAGCACGAGGCAGCUAUGGUCAAAUACAGCCGAUUGCCCAAGAAGAAGGAGAAUGAGAAGCUGAAGUCUGAUUUGGUGAAGGAGGUGGCGUACACCAGAAGGAAGCAGCACCAGGCCUCACUGCAGUAUUACUGCGCCCUCAACGCGCUGCAGUACCGCAAGAGAGUAGCUAUGCUGGAACCCAUGCUUGGCUACACACAGGCUCAGAUCAGCUUCUUCAAGAAAGGCAUCGAGCUGAUGUCAAAGAAGAUGGACAACUGUCUGUCCUCUGUGUCUGACAUGACUCAAAGCAUCCAGGCCCAGCUCGACACGGAGGCGGAGGCCAUGCGUGGGUCCCAGAGGGAGUUUCUGUCCGUGGAGGACACGGUUUACAUGCCAGAUAAGGACAUUGAGCCCGUCAAUCGCACUCUCAUCCAGAAGGCUGGAUACCUCAACAUCAGGAAUAAAACCGGGCUGGUGACCACAGCGUGGGACCGACUGUAUUUCUUCACCCAGGGGGGGAACCUCAUGUGUCAGCCGCGGGGGGCGGUGGCGGGGGGCAUGGUGCUGGACCUGGACAACAGCUCUGUCAUGGCUGUGGAGUGUGAAGACAGACGCUACUGUUUUCAAAUCACCUCCCCCUCAGGGAAAACAUCAAUGAUUCUACAAGCUGAAGGCAAAAGGGAAUAUGAAGAAUGGAUUUGUACUGUGAACAACAUCUCCAGACAGAUCUACCUGACUGACAACCCAGAGGCUGUGGCCAUCCGACUGAACCAGACCGCUAUCCAGGCCGUCACCCCCAUCACCAGCUUUGAGAAGAGACCAGAGGGCUCGCCCAACCCUGACAGAGCGAAGCCAGGAGGCGUAUACGUUACCAGCAGUGGAUCCCAGAAGACGGGGGCCGCUCCGGAACCAGAAGACCUCAUCGCCCCAGGGACGCCCAUUCAGUUUGACAUCAUGCUGCCGGCCUCGGAGUUUCAGGACCAGAACAGGGCCGGGGGCAGACGCACAAAUCCGUUUGGCGAAACGGACGAUGAUUGUUUAACGGAAACUGGCGACUCCCUCCUGCAGCAGGUUUUUGCCGUGCGCUUCCAAGGCUCGAUGGCGGUGCGCUGCGGCAACAAUCAGGAGGUGAUCUACGAGGCCAUGAGGCAGGUGCUGGCGGCCAGAGCCAUCCACAACAUCUUCAGGACCACCGAGUCCCACCUCAUGGUCACCAGCAGUAGCCUCAGGUUGAUCGACCCUCAGACUCAAGUGACAAGGAUAAGUUUCCAGCUUGGAGACGUUUGCCAGUUUGCCGCCCACCAAGAGAACGGGAGGCUGAUGGGGUUCGUGGUGGAGGGCAGAGACUGGAGUGACGGAGAUGAGGAGGGCGAACCUUCGUUCAGCGCCUUCGUUUUUGAGAGCAACACGGAGGGCGAAAAGAUAUGUUACACCAUAAACUUGGCAAAGGACAUUACAGAAGCCAAGAAGGACCCAGAGGCCCUGGCCCAGCUGAUGAAGAACAUGCCUCUGACCAGUGAUGGUAAAUUCCUGCUGCUGGAGCCGGAGACCGGCGACACGAGCAACGGAGCAGAAGAAGACCUGGAGUCUGAAGCCUAAACCCACUUAGGACCAGGACCACGGUCCACCAUCUCCCCGGGACAGAAGGCUUCCUCUGGCUGGACAUCGUAACUCUGUAACACCCAUAUUAGAGUGUAGUUCACUUACUUAGUAGUUACUAGAUCUCCAGUCGUCCCAUUAGCCAGACCGUGGUGGGGGUCUUUGGACUUGUUUUUAGCGGGUGGUGCUUCCAUCAGAAGGGAGCCUUUACAGGUACGAUUAUGUUUCAUUGCCAUUUAACAGAAGGUGGGGACUCAUUUGCUCAGUUUCUAGGUUUACAUAGUUUGGGGAGUUUAUUCUUUACAUAUUAACUUGUUUGAAACACUUAUUUCCUGUGUGUACAAAAUGUUCCAUUCCAAGGUUAUUCUGUUUGAUAAGAGUGCAGUAAUUAAGACAAUCUAUGGAUCUUAGACUCUUUAACACAAUGAAGGACACGGUCAGAUCCUUUUAGCAUUGCUUAUUGUUCUCACUCUGGCUCCGGAAGCAGUGGAUGCAAUUUAGCAUUAAAAUAACCUUUUUUUUUUUUCUUUCUCCUUUUUGCACUCAUGCCACUUUCAGGUUGCACACACAAGGCAUCAUGACCUUCUUCGGCAUCCCCACUAAACUGAAUAGAUGUCAUAAACCCGGUCAUCGACCAGUGAAAAAGGAAGUCUUAGGCGGUCUGUAUGCAACGUCCUCCUUGAGCAGCCCAAAUGUUCUUUGGUGAAAUUAGAACGACGUGCUGCGUUUCUCUAAAGCUUAUGUAAAUACGAACUGUCGGAGUGUCUCGGAUGUGCCGUUUUAAUCAGUUGGCUUCAUUAAGAGCUUUCAGAGUCCGUAUGCUCGGACUGGUGUAUGAUUAAAUGAUGGUGUUUGCGCUCUCUGUCCCUCUGAAUAAUAUUUUUUUUUUUUAAAGAAAAGCUUUUUUAAAUCAGUGAAAUGUUAACGCAUGUAGGCAGACCCCCGGGGGGCUUUAUUAUGCACUCAACUGGCCCGUUGCUUAAACAUAUGAAUAAUAAACAGCGGGGGAAGCGACCGCUCCGUGAAAGGCUGCCGUUCCUCGUUUUACUCCGUUGGAGGUGUAGCACGAACCAUGUUUUUGUAUUGUAAUUCAGACGUUGGUCGUGCUGACGUGUCCGCUGGCUUUUUCUACUCUAAUAAUUCUACCAAGAGCUCUGGUGUAGAAUUAUUAAACAAGGAAGGAUAUUAAAUCGAUGUCCCCCAUAAUCAGCUAUGACGUUUGAUUGCUUGUGACACUAAUUGCACUCAAAGGUUGACAGUUGGAAGAUGCACUCAAUUGGUUUCCUGGUGUAAAGUGAAAUGAACAGAUACAUUUAUUCCAAGGAGUUCUUGUCUUAAUUCUACCAUAAACAUGUUUCUCUAAAUGAAGAGCUGUGGCUUAAUGUGCAUUGGCAGCCCUUCUGACGCUAUAAAGAAACCGUUGUCCAACCAA